AUGAUCGUUGAGACGCAUUUUCAGAGUGUGGAUUCUCAACUCGAGACUCUGAGGGAGGAGAUGCGGUCUCUUUCCGCGCGUAUGUUUGAGCUCGAAUCCGCUGGCCCUACUCCAUCGUCAAGACUUUCAGCGAGCGGGCCGCCCGGAUCUCUUCAUCGUAUUUUGAAUCCUCCGAAAUCCCCUAUUUAUGUCGGCCCCACAAGCGCCGAGUUCGGGCUGAGUCGGCGAGCCAGACCUCUAUCUCACGCACGGAGUCACGAUGCUCCUGUUGGUGAUGAAGAUGAUGAAGACAUUGACUUAUCAACCGCCGCUCAUAGCCCUGCUCCCUUGGACCGAGACGAGGCGCUAGAUGGCGAAGACCCGCUUAGCAGCCUCGGGCUGCUGGAGACUUUGCGCCUGGUGCAGGUCUACGAGGAUACUGUUGGGAUUAUGUAUCCCUGUGUUGAUUUGGCCAGCGUGCGUGCUUACGUGGUCGAAUUUUAUCAUUCUCAAGAUCCAGCAUUUGUUAGCGCUUUGGAUCUAACGCGACCAGACUCGGAUCAGGACUGGUUUCAUGCCCGCGACAUUCAAGUUCUCAAAAUUCUCCUAGCCACCGCUCUCCUGGUCGAAUCCCAUGGUCGGAGUGAGCGUGCGGCUCAGCUGGCUAAUAGUGUCGAAGACCGGUUUGCCAGUCGGUUGAAAAUUGCCGAGGUGGACAUGAAGGAGAUCCUCAUCCUCACGUUAUUAUCGAUCUUCCACUCCUACCGCGAUGACGAGGUUAUAGCCUGGCGCCUGACUGGCAUGGCAGCCCGCGGCAGUAUGGAGUUGGGUCUACAUUGUCAAGAGACGUGGCAGAAGACCGGGGGCGUGUUUCCGGGUGCUUUGGAAUGGAUGUGGGCAAGUCGACUAUUUUGGUGCAUUUACGUACUGGACAGGAAAUGGUCAUUUGGAACAGGCUUGCCUUUUGCCCUUCAAGACUCAGACAUGGACACCAAUCUGCCCGAACCCGGGCACUCAACACCCUAUCUGACUUGCAUGAUCUCAUAUGCCCGUCUCAGCACCAAAAUAUGGGGCCUUGUUGUUGGUUGGCAAAAUCGGUCGCGCGAUUCCAUUUCAGAAGGAUGCGCUUAUCUAGAUACACAGGUUCAGGAAUGGGUGCAAUCCAUUCCACGGGAAUUGCGCUUUGAUCCACACUGGAGAUCUCCGGCUGGGUCGGGGCAAACCGAUCGUGCAAUGAUGCUUCAGGUGCUACUGGCUCUCCAGGCAAACCAACUUCGAAUUCUCGUCUAUCGGCAGAAUUUGCUUACUAGCGAGCGCAUCGCAGAGGAUCUGACUGGCGCCUCUACAGCCGUGGAGACGGCGAAAAGCACGGUUCAUAUGCUAGACUACUUUAGCCGUGUCUCCGACAUUUACUUCCAACGGCCUGAACCCUUCAAUUACUUCUUGAUCUCAGCGCUCGCGGCCCUAUUCCUGGCUGUGCUACAUGCCCCGGUGCGUUUUAGCCAUGCCUGUCGACCCGAGUUCUUUACGGCAGUUGAUAUGGUGCGCCGCUCGGCAACUCGUGCCCGCACCUCUCGUCGUUUGCAGAAAAUCAUUCGCAGCCUCAAACGAAUCCAACUUAACGUACGAUGGCAAAGCAACCAAGGCCGGAAAUCAUCCCUUGAUAAGGGUCGCGCCUCGUGUGCGUUGAUUGACCCUCUUUCAACCUCUGACGCCCACCCUCAAGGCUCCUCUCAACCCAAAACGAUCGCAUCGCGCAAUAUUCUUGACUCGACGCCACAAUCGUCUGCCACGGAGUCGCCAUCUACGCAUAAUGCCUCUAGCCUCUAUCAAACAUCCGGCAUUCCAACUCCUCAAUUCUCGUCCGCAACAUUCUGGCCACUUUCUCCCGGUACAGCUGGUGAGCCCGAUACUAACGGGUGCGAGGAUCUGAGUAGUUUCUUCGAGAUUGCCGGUGGGCUUUACUUUGACCCUCGAGCCGGCACCGACUUUGCGACCGGAGUGGAGAUGGGGAUGUCUCACUCUGACGGCGGGCGGGGGCAUAAUGUUCUAGAUGCGUUUCAGGCUGAGGAUGAGGCGUUGACCCGAGUCAUGGCUGGUUUACUGUGA